CUGUGUGUGUGUGUGUGUGUGUGUGUGUGUUUGUGUUAACAGGACAUGGAGGUGAGCCCCAAUGAGCUGAUGACCAUCCUCAAUAAAAUCAUCGGCAAACGGGGAGACCUGAAGACGGACGGUUUCAGCAUCGAGUCCUGCAGGAGCAUGGUCGCUGUCAUGGACAGUGACAGCACCGGUAAACUGGGCUUCGACGAGUUCAAGUACAUGUGGAACAACAUCAAGAGAUGGCAGGCUGUGUACAUGAAGUUUGACGCCGAUAGGUCCGGUACGAUCUGCGCUGACGAACUGCCAAAAGCCUUCCAUAAUGCAGGUGAGGAACAAUCGGUGUGUGUGUGUGUGUGUGUGUGUGUGUGUGUGUGUGUGUUUAGACCAGAUCUCAGCCGACUGGUCCGUGUGCUUGGCAGCAGCAGUACUGAGGCUGAUGAUGAAGAGGAUGAAGAGGAUGAAGAGGGUUGUAGUAAAACGCGUCUCCUCGGGAUCAGGCGGAGUCCGCUGUAG